AUGAAGCUGAAGCCGAGCAUUCUUCGUGAUUUGGCCUCAUCAGAUUCCGCCAUUGUGGCUGGCGAGACGGGAGAUGGAAAUUGCCUACUCAGUCCAGAUGACACAACUUUUCUUGAAGAUGAAGUACAGCGUAUCAUGCUCAAGGUGGAUCAAGAAUCGCUUCAGAAUCGUUUAACCAGCUCAAAACUCGUUACUGGUGUUGUUAUGGCUGUACUGGGCCAUGAACCGUCUACGGACCGAGGUUCAUUCAUCGUUGAAGACUUCCUCUUUGUUGAACCACAACCUGAACGACCUAUCCAGCCACACACGGUGAAAAAAGCCGUUCAAACAUGCACUGAAUUCGCAAGCACGGGGCCGUGGCUUGCUCUGGUCUCCGGACUGGGCUUCACGGGAACCGGACCCACGUCGCCUGGUCAUGCGAUGAAUUUGCAACUCCUGGCCGACUGGCUCCGUCGUUCCGGGAACUGGGCUCGAUCGGUUGUCUCAGAUGCGACAGGUGUUGUUCGGCUCGUGAUUCUGGGCGAUUCAAUCCGCAUUUCGACCGGAUCAGAAGCAAGAAAUCUGUGGAUUUCUUCUGUCGACUCUUGGGGCAUCAGUCCUGAGGCACGUUAUUUGACACGCAACAUUGAGGCAGAGAGCGUAACUGCAAUGGCUCGUCUGGAUCAGUGGCUGUCAACCCUCCCUUUGGGGCCGGGCAAUGGGGCUACGAGCAACGGGCUUGCAGUGGAUCUACUCCCGGGUCCGGCUGACCCCACCUCGCAACUUUUGCCCCAGCAGCCAAUCCACGCAGUUGCCUUCCCGUUAGGCGUGGCACGCUCUGGCGGAUUUGGAUCUCAGGCUCUGUGUGGACGCACUAAUCCCUAUAGUUUCACUCUAGAAGGACGAAAAAUAUUGGCCACCGCUGGUCAGGGAAUCAAUGACCUGGCUCUUUACACGAAUAUCUCGGAGCCUUGCAAACGAAUGGAAGCCACACUAUUGUGGGGUCAUAUAGCUCCAACCUGUCCGGACACGUUGGCCGGCUAUCCAAUGGUGGCUGAGGAUCAGCUCGUGAUACGACCGGAUCCGCAAAACCCCACUUGCUCUCCAGACUAUCCGGAUAUUUACGUGGCGGGUUGUCAACCGGGUUCCGAUGCUUCUUGGUCUCGGGCGAAUUUACACUGGGAUGAGACGGAUCAGAAGGGUGCACUGCUCGUUGCCGUGCCCAGAUUCGAUGUUGCGUUCCAAUUGGUUCUGGUUCAUUUGCACUCACUGGACUGUCGGGUGAUCCGAUUUGAUACAAGUCUACUAGACGAGUGUUAA